CUCCGCCUCAGAGGAAUGUGAAAUGCACCCGAACUGGAUCCUGUACAAGGAAGAAUUCCACCUGUUCCGGGACGCUCUACUGUGAGAUCAGAAAAGGGGUUACCGUCAGCCUUUAUUUGACGGUACCACAGACAGCUUCGUUCAUUCGUCACAUUCAAUUGGGCCGUAAUGGACAAGUGCUGUCUGUCUGCUGAAGAGAGUGAACGACUUCAAAUUCACCGAGAAAUUGAGCGACAACUUCGGAGGGAUAAGGAGAACUCCUACAAAGAGCUAAAGCUGCUACUUUUAGGCACAGGAGAAAGUGGAAAAAGCACCUUCAUUAAACAGAUGAGGAUCAUCCAUGGUAAAGGAUACAAUGAAGAUGAUAGGAAAGUCUUUAAACGGGUUGUGUAUCAGAAUGUUAUGGCAGCAAUCCAGGCACUCAUCAAUGCCAUGAGGACCUUGAAAAUUAACUAUAUCGAUGACAACAACAUUGCAUAUUCACAGAGACUGUCCCAAGUGGAGAUGAACACAGUGUCCACGUUAGAGCCCUGGCAGGCGGAGGCCAUUAGAAAAGUGUGGAAUGAUCAUGGGGUUCAAAUGUGCUAUGACCGCAGAAGAGAAUACCAGAUAAAUGACAACGCUAAAUAUUACCUGAGUGAUUUGGAUAGGAUCGCGGCUCCUUCAUACAUCCCAUCUGUCCAAGAUAUCCUGAGAGUUCGAGUGUCCACAACAGGAAUCAUAGAGUAUCCCUUUGACUUCUUAAAAGUUACCUUUAGGAUGGUUGAUGUGGGUGGUCAGCGAUCAGAAAGAAGGAAAUGGAUUCACUGUUUUGAGAAUGUCACUUCAGUUAUAUUCCUGACUGCAUUAAGUGAAUAUGACCAAAAUCUCUAUGAAAGUGAAAAUGAUAAUCGACUAAGAGAAAGUCUUGCCUUAUUCAAUACUAUUCUUUCAUAUCCUUGGUUUCAAGAGUCCUCCACCAUCUUAUUUCUAAAUAAAAUCGAUUUACUAGAAGAGAAGAUUGCCCAGUCCCAUUUGAAGGCAUACUUCCCAGAAUACACCGGGCCAAAUUGUAAUGCUGAAGCAGCAAAAACAUUCAUACGACAAAUGUUUGUGGAUAGCCAUGGCAAACGGGAUAAACCUUUUUACACACAUUACACCUGUGCGACCGACACUGGAAACAUUGACAAGGUGUUUAAAAAUGUGAAACACACUUUGUUCAAAGAUGUCUUGGGGGUCUUCAUCCCACUUUAAGGAUUUGCUAUUUGCUUUAAGAUCUGACUAAUUAUUGUUGAAAGAGUUGUGAAUACUCCUCAUGUCUGCAGCUCUGCUUGGUGCUGCCUCAUGGCCACUUGCCAUUACCGUCAAACAGGUUCUGCUAUAUGAUUGUUUUUUUUUUAAUUCUGGUGAAGAUUAAUUAAUUGUAUGCAUACAUAUUUCUAUACAUAUUUCAUGUUGAUUAUGAUAUGAUACGAUAUUUGUAUUGGCUAUAUUUUGGAUGAAUGGCCUUGACUGGUUUAAAAAAACUGUAAAAUUGAAACCUAUGCUGCACAUGCAAGUUAAAUGUGGUAUUCAUGCCUUAUUAAUAUUAUAUUUGUUGUUAUUGUGUUAGAUACAUCAAGUCAUAGAUUAUUAAUGUUAUUUAAGCUAUAGGCUAUACCUUUACUGUUAAUGCUCAGUGAGUGGGAACAUGGGCAAACUAUAGGCUAUAAAUGUCAAAUAAAGAAAGGGCUUUGGUUAUUAACUGAUUUUGCUGUUUUAUUUGGGCUUUAAUAAUUUUUCAUAUGGCCUAGCUACUGGCCUAUGUCCCAAUUAAAUAUGUGAAACUUAUUUAUUGACUUAAUGAAAACAUUACUGUAUGAGCUAUUUGCUUAUUUUGUUCAUUCAAAAACUUGCUUUCUGUUUAUGUCAGUUAGUUUACUAAUUUAGUUAAUUUGCAGAAUAUAUUUUUGCUAUGUUAAUAUCUUUUCUAAUUUGUUUAGUCUAAUUUGUUAUAAUAUACCUUAGCACCUUUUCUGUUUUUGGUAUAAUCCAUAUGGCACCUAGGGGAUAAAAAAGGUUGGUAGAGCAGGACCAGAAUGCACCUGGGUGGGCCUAUGGUUUUUAUCAGCUAACAGGAGAGGCAGCAAGUAGGCCUGAAUAUGUAUGCUUGUUGUUUGCCUGUUAAACUUGGAAUAAAUCUUGAUA